UCACCAGCUUCAUCCACUUUCUUUCUUGUGCUUUCCCCCUUUUGUGAAAGACCAUUAUUAUUAUCAUUGUUGCUGUUAUUGUUAUAUAACCAAAGUUUGUAUUUUUUAUUCAUUCCUUGAAGCUUGGUAGUGUCCUUGCUUUCAGCUUCCAUAUAAUUCAACCCCCUUUGUUUUCUGUUCCUCAGAAUCAAGGAAAAGGGAACUUAAAAAAAAAAAAUCCAAUUUUGUCUCUCCCCCACAAAAAAAGUUUUAUUGUUUUCAAACUUAUUAAAGACCCUUUUAAAUUCUGUAGUCUUUCUGCUACUUUCCUAGUUUGGGUUUGCACCAUUCAUUGUAUUUUGCAUUCUCCUAUUUUCCUUCUUUCAUUUUCUUCUUUCUAAAUUGGGUUGAGCAUAAGUUAGAAGCUGCAAUAAGUAAUUGUAAGAACUUUCCAUCUAUGAAAGUUGUUAUCUUUCAAUUUUUCAUGGGAAUUAGAUCUCAGUAGUGGUUCUAGGUUAAUCCUUUUGUACCAAUUAGGAAAUAAUACUUUCCUUCAUCAAUCUCAAUUUAGGAGUAUUAUUCUCUUCAAAUUUCCUUUUUGUUUAAUUUUAAAACAAAGUGUGUCUUUUUUUUUCUAGAUUCCUGUAGAGCACUUGUCCUACACAUAAAAAGGGGUAUUCUGAUUCCUUUGAAUUUUAAUUUUAUUUUUUUAAUUAAAAAAAGGUUCUUUGUGGGAUUUAUCCUUAGUAGUGUUGUGGUAAAACCUCCACCUCUGCUUCAAAAGUUCAAAACCCAUGUUUGUUUCUCUAUAAAGUUUGAAUCUUUUCAUUGAAAUCUUUGAAAUUAUAGACAUAAAUUGUGCAAUUAAUUAGUUGGGUGUGAUGAAGUGGGAAGUAGAAGUACUCUCUCCUUCUUCACCUUAUGUUCAUCAUAACAACACAACUCAUUGGUUUCUUGGAGAUAACAACAUCAUCAACAACAACAAUAAUAGGAGCAGCACAAAAUGGACCCAUGAAGAGAACAAAUUGUUUGAGAAUGCUCUUGCUUUGCAUGAUAAGGAUACACCAGAUAGGUGGCACAGGGUAGCUGAGAUGAUUCCAGGGAAAACUGUUCUUGAUGUGAUGAAGCAGUACCAUGAAUUGUUAGCAGAUGUUAGUGAUAUUGAAAAUGGGUUGGUACCAAUUCCAGGUUACAGUACCAGCACAACAACAACUACUUCACCUUUUACAUUGGAUUGGGUCAACAAUAGUUGUUCUGGGUAUGAUGGGUUUAAAGGAAUUGGUGUUGCUGCAAAGAGAUCUUCAAAAACACCAGAACAAGAGAGGAAGAAAGGUGUGCCUUGGACUGAAGAAGAGCAUAAAUUGUUCCUACUUGGUCUAAAGAAGUAUGGCAAAGGAGAUUGGAGGAACAUUUCGCGCAACUUCGUGAUCACUCGGACGCCAACUCAGGUGGCGAGCCAUGCUCAGAAGUACUUCAUCCGACAGCUCUCCGGCGGCAAAGACAAGAGGAGGGCAAGCAUCCAUGACAUAACAACAGUUAACCUCACAGACAACAACAGAACACUUGCUAAUCCUUCCUCAGAAGAUAGCAGCAAGAGAUCCACUUCACCACAACACCAUCAUUCCAUGGUGUUCUCAAAUUCAAAUCCUAUAGGGAAAUUCCAAUGGAACAAUAAUAUUAAUAAUGAUAAUGAUGAUACUAAGUCAAAUUCAGGAGGAGGAGUAUCUACUAUGAGAUUCAACAAUGAUGAUGAAGCUUUUAUGUCUCAUCAUUAUGGUGUUAAUUCCUCCUAUGGUUUUAAGAUGCAGGGUCAGAAUAUGCAUAAAAGUGCUCUUAAUGAGUCUUCUUACUUAGCACUUCAGACACAAAACAUUGCUUUCCAAAUGUAGUUGUCCCUUACAACACAUUACUAUCAUAUAUGCCUGCUUGUAUUCAAAUUA